CCACCCCUUAGCACGAGAUCCUGUUUUGAUUGGGUAUAUUAGAACCUCGUAGGCCCUCAAUCCAAACGACCCAAGAAACACCUAUUCCCGGAUCCAAUCGGUAAACCUGAUUCCACGAGAAUCUGCUCCUUCAGUCCAGGCAGUUGGAGGAACCGGAAUACCCCCCACCAUGAUAUGAUACUCCUGACGUACUCGAGUGGAUGGCCCGUGACUCGGCAAAACACUUAUCUAUGAUAAUGCUUGAUCUUAGAUCAUCGGGUGACUCCCAAUGACCCCGCUUCUGGCCCCAGAGAUUUACCGUGUUCUCGGUGUCACGAUGUCAUUUGCCUCGGGUGGGAUCUUGCUUCUCAGAAAGUUCCAUCCGAUUUUCUAACGCGUCGCAUGCUGAGUCAGCCAAAGGAUCGCUAAGGCCUGCUAAUUAUAACACAUGUCAGGCAGCUCUCGAUAAACCUGCUCCAUUAGCCACGAAGUCACCUCGCCCGACCUCCGCCCUGCCCCCCCCUCCCCCAGCAAUUUUUUCUUCUCCUCCUUCGCUGCUGCGGGUGCGAGUAAUAUAGACGGAAAAUGGCUACAACCACAGGUCGCAAGACAAAGCUUCUCAUUGAUCUCUUCCUCCUUGCUGCCACGGUUUGAUUGCCCUCUCGGACCCCCUUGUUCUGCUCAGUGAUACGGUGCUGACAUGGAACAGCAAGUUUCGGCAUAUUACCUUGUCAAAUGGCUGAUCAGUUACCGCGACCCCGAGCGUGAGAAACGGGACAUGAUCAAGAAGAAGUCUAGUGCUGUUCUACGACGACUGGACGAUAAUCACCAACGACAAGGUGGGAAGGGCCGGUUGGAGAGAAGCACUUUCACCAGUUACGAGCAGACCAUUUUAACCGAAGUUGUUGCUCCGGAGGAUAUUCACGUCACAUUCAAUGGUACCCUCCCCCGUGCAUUCCAUGGUUUGAUGGAGGGGGUUUUCGGAGGCUUAUCUUAUCUGGUGGUGGUGGGGGAUGAAUAGACAUCGGCGGCUUGGAUAGCAUCAUCGAGGAAUUGAGGGAGGCCGUAAUAUACCCACUUACCGUGUUCGUUGUGCUCCCUCCCCACCGCACGACCUUUGGUUGUCGCUGACAGUGUUUGCUAGACCGGAUCUAUUCUCUACCUCGUCUAGCUUGUUGUCCGCUCCCAAGGGCGUCUUGCUUUAUGGUCCCCCAGGAUGUGGAAAGACUAUGCUUGCGAAGGCUCUUGCUCGCGAAUCUGGGGCUUGCUUUAUUAAUUUGCAUAUUAGUACCUUGACCGAGAAGUGGUAUGGUGAUAGUAACAAGCUUGUAUCGGCAGUUUUUUCUCUGGCAAGGAAAUUGCAGCCCACGAUUGUCUUCAUUGAUGAGAUUGAUGCUGUUCUACGGAGUAGGUUUUCUCCCUCUUCCCUUUUCCCUGCCGAAUGGAGAAUAAACACGUACUGAUAGAGUGAUUGAACAGGUAGAAGCAGCUCGGACCACGAGGCCAGCACCAUGGUUAAAGCUGAAUUCAUGACACACUGGGAUGGUCUCCUUUCUUCUUCUCCCACUACCGGUAAUGCUAGUCAGAUCUUGAUUCUCGGUGCUACCAAUCGUAUUCAAGAUAUCGACGAGGCUAUCCUCCGUCGUAUGCCUAAGAAGUUUCCCAUUAAUCUCCCGUCUGCGCCUCAACGCCAACGCAUUCUGUUAUUGAUCCUUAAAGACACCAAGCUCUCUCCGAAUUUCGAUAUGGACGAAUUGGUCCGCAAGACAGCUGGUAUGUCUGGUAGUGAUCUUACUGAAGCAUGCAGAGAUGCUGCGAUGGUUCCUAUCAGGGAAUACAUUAGGAGUUUCACUGGGGACGAGGGUAAACGCCGUUUGGAAGCCGGGGGCCGAGGUGGUAUCAGUCGUGACGAAGUAAGAGGUGUGGAAAACUCUGAUUUCUUCAGGAAGGGUACUGGUGGCAGGAGACCCGUCGAGGAUGAAGUGAUGGAAGGCUUCGAAAGGGCCGUCGGUGAGGUCCGCGAACGAAUGGUGGAGAUGAGGGAGAACGAGGAGUUUCGAGAAGCCGAAGAGGCUAGGGUAGAUUGAUAUUCGUCCGAAUAAACCGGACUUUGGGGGUGUGCUUUUACCCAUUUCUUUUCUCCGCUCUUUCCUUUUUUGACCUUUCCAUUUAGCUUGGCUUCGGGCAGGGGAUGGGAUGUGGAGUAAUAUAGAUGUCAUUUCGGGGCUUUGUUUUGCUAGUUUUAUCUUUUUUGCUGGUUGGAUAAUGUUGGAUAGAGGCAUGUGUAAUUUAAUGGUAUCAGUGGGAAGAUGUUUGAUGGAAGUUGACCACUUGUCAUUGCUUGGGAGUCAUUGGAUGUCACUCGGCUGUUUGGCGGGUUGUAAUUUAUGCCACUCUCCACCC